AUGUGCGACUAUGCGAGCAUGCCGGCUUCGGCGUACAUUGAGGCCGUCUCCAGAGCUGCUCUGAAGCUUCAAAAUUUGGACCUCGCCGUAUGGAGGCCCACAGUCGAAGAUCUCACUAUGAAGGCACCGGUUGUUUUGAAAUCGGACGAAGAGCCUCCUGAAAUUCUUCUAAGUAUGCGACGCGUGGACAACUCUUGGCCGUCAUGGGUCUUCUCUAUUACAGUGGAGCCCACACAGAAGGCUGGCGAAAGCAAGGUUGAGGCGCAGGAGACAACGACUGGCAUGGUGCACAUCAGAGAGCGAAACGACCCUAGAGUCACACAAGAGUUCCGCCGAUUUGAAUCGCUAAUCGGAGACUGUCGCUGGCAAAACAUCAUGGAGCAUUCUGAUGCGGAGGCCAUGCAAGGGAAGCAUAUCUACAGAGCAUUUCAGGGAGUCGUACAGUACUCAGAUGCCUUCAAGGGGAUAAAGGCCAUCGCCAGCUUGGGGACCGAAGCCGCAGGUGUGGUAAGAAUCUCGUCCGACAGCCAUACGACGCUCGAUCAGCGGCUUGUCGACACGCCAAUGAUUGACAGCUUCUUGCAAUUCGGUGGCUUCCUAGUCAACUACUUCAGUACAACAACAACCAUCGACAGCCUGUUGGUCUGCCAUCGAAUCCAGCGUUUGCAGCUCGGUCCCGCUUUCUCACCGGAUGUCAAAGAUUGGGUUGUUCUUGCGAAUAUGACUCCCGAAAACGAUGAGAACGUGUCCGUCGAUGUUUAUGUUUCUGAGGCACAGACCAAGAAGAUGGUCCUCGUCGCAUUUGGUAUGGGAUUUACGAAGAUAUCUCGAACAUCCCUCACAAGGAUUUUACGUGGCUCCUCUAAGGACUCAACCUCGUCAUCCGUCAUUUCCAAAGAGGAGACAACUCUCCCAUCUGAGACUAAUACGUCCGGAGAGGCCAGCAUCAGAAACAAGGGCCGGCCUACUAGCAAACGAUUGGAGGUACUCAAGAUCGCGGCUAGUAUCGCUGACAUUCCUAUCGACGACCUUUCCGGCAAAGAGGCUCUUCCUGAUGUUGGCAUUGACUCCUUGGGGGCUACUGAGAUGAUUGGUGAUAUUGCCUCGGCACUGAAUGCUUAA